GUUUUCAUAAAAGAUGAAUGACUAUUAAUAACUGUUUAAUUUUCUUCAUGCAAAGCUGAUGUUGUAUAGUUGGCAUAACAACCUUCUGAAAAUAAAUGAAUGCUUCUUUAUAAAAUUAUUAUGUACCCUUAUAGUUAUAGUUUGUCAGUUCUUGAUAUAGAUGGUCGUAUAUUUUAAAGCUGUAGAAAGGAAUGAGAUGCUUAACCAGUGGAAAAAGUAUCUGCAGUGCUCUUUAUAUGUAGUUCUUAUAUAGUUGGUGCUGGCCCCUAGGCCUUGUUCAUUGAGCUCAUAGUCUCCUCUUCUUCUUCCUUAAUUGAUCUCCUCAUCCGCAUUAUAUCUACAGUUCUACACACACACACACAUGUUACAUUAUCUGGGCUAAGUUCAGAACAUCCAGUGUUUCGGAAGAGAUUACAAAGAUGGAAGAAGGAAAGAUAUGCCGCACCAAUCCAGAAAGUUCAGAUCAAGUAAAAGCUGUUCAUAUGCUGCUUGUAUCAUACCCUUUACAAGGGCAUAUUACACCAUUCAUAAAGUUAGCAUACCUAAUUGCUGGUCGUGGAAUUAUGGCCACACUUGUCAUAACUGAGUUUGCACAUGCGCGUAUGAUUGCGUCUGAGCCAGAUUUGGGUAAUGAGAGGAAUAAGGUCAGGUACAUUACAGUUCCUGAUGGAUUGUCAGAAGAUGAACGGAAUGAUGAUGUUAAGUUGUCUCAGAGUAUAUCCGAAGUCAUGCCUGGCCAUCUGAGAGAAGUCAUAGAGAAGGUCAACAUGGAGGGUAAUCAGGUGACUUGUGUCAUAGCUGAUCCAAUGUUUGGGUGGGCAUUUGAGAUUGCGGAAACAAUGAAGCUCAAGUUGGCGAUCUUCUGGACUUCUGCCCCGGGAGUUUUGGCCUUGAUACUUAGCAUUCCAAAGCUUAUUGAGGAUGGGAUUAUUGACACCAAGGGAUCUUCGAAACUUGAUGGGAAGAUUCAACUGUCACCAGACCUGCCACCUCUGACUAGUGCAGACUUUCUGUGGAACUAUUCAGGAAAUCAGACGCCUGCCGAGAUCAUGUUCCAAUAUUUCUUUGGCAUCCAUCAAAACUUAAAGCGUUCUGGCUGGCUUCUGUGCAAUUGGUUUCAUGAGCUUAACCCCCUUGUUGGUAAUUUAGUCCCAAAUAUGUUUCCAGUUGGCCCAUUACUGGCGAGUGGAAAACCUGCUGCAAACCUUUGGCCAGAGGAUUUGACUUGCUUAAGCUGGCUCAACAAACAACCUGCUGGAUCAGUCAUUUAUGUUGCAUUUGGCAGCAUCACAGUAUUAAGCCAGCACCAGAUGGAUGAACUUGCUUUAGGCCUUGAACUUGUUGGUCGACCAUUCUUAUGGGUUAAACGGUCAGACCUCAUCAAAGGCGGUUCUUCCAAGUACCCAGAUGGGUACGAAGAGAGAGUGGCGAACCGAGGCAAGAUUGUUCAGUGGGCACCCCAGGAACAGGUGUUGGCUCACCCAUCAAUUGCUUGUUUUCUGACUCAUUGUGGCUGGAACUCAACCAUGGAUGGCUUAAGCAUGGGAGUCCCCUUCCUCUGCUGGCCUUACUUUGCCGAUCAGUUUUACAACCGGAGUUGCAUCUGUAAUGGCUAUAAAGUUGGUCUGGCAUUAAGCCCAGAUGAGUAUGGAAUUGUUACAAGGCAUGAAAUCAGACGGAAAUUGGAUAGUUUGGUUGCCGAUGAUGGCAUAAAAGUCAAUGCAUUAAAGCUCAAAGACAUGGCUCACCGGAGUAUCAGUGAAGGAGGGUUCUCUGCAAGGUAUUUGGACAACUUCAUCCAACAGAUGAAGGAAUGAUUAGAAGCAUCAAGAUCACGAUAACCUGUUUAUAAAUAAUCAAACCCCAUAUAUCUGGGACAUUGGUCAAUCUAACAUAUCGCAAGUGUGAGGAA